CCACACUGUGUUUCUCGUUGAUCUUUCACGUUUAUUGAUUAACCACUCUUGGUGAUCGCCUCAUUUUUUUCUCUCUAUCUUUUACUUAACCAACCGACAAAAGAAGUGACGGUGAAAAAAAUGGAUGCGUUGUUAGUGAGAAGGAAGGAAUAAUAAGAGGGAUUGGGAUGAAGAGGGCAGGUUGAGGUAGACGACCCCCGAGCGAGAAAAAGGAGAGCGAGAGAGAGAGAGAGAGAGAGAGAGAGAGAGAGGGGCUGACUGUCCUCCCCCCCUCCAUUCCACAGAUCGAGAGGCGAGGGAGGAGGGAUCGCUUCUGCUUCCCCAUUCCUUUCCCGAGAGUGGAGUUGAUUCUUCGGAUCUGUCAAGAUAGAGCCUCACCCUCCGCGGACAAGGGAUGGAGGCGAGUGCUGGUCUGGUCGCCGGCUCUCACAACCGGAACGAGCUCGUCGUCAUCCGCCGCGAUGGAGAAUCGGCGCCAAAGCCGCUCCAGCAGCUGAGCGGGCAAAUCUGCCAGAUCUGCGGUGAUGACGUCGGCCUCACCGUCGACGGGGAUCUCUUCGUCGCCUGCAACGAGUGCGCCUUCCCCAUUUGCAGGACUUGCUACGAGUACGAGCGCCGGGAGGGCAACCAGGUUUGCCCCCAGUGCAAGACCAGGUUUAAACGGCUCAAGGGGUGUCCUCGUGUGGCUGGUGAUGACGAAGAGGAUGGCGUAGAUGAUCUUGAGAAUGAGUUCAACUUUGUUGGGGGACACAAGCAGGAGUCACAGUACAUGGCUGAUGCUAUGCUGCAGGGCCAUAUGAGCUAUGGUAGAUGGGGUGACAUCAAUGCGCCUAAUAUGGCUCAUAAUGCACCUCAAGUUCCUCUGCUCACCAAUGGCGAGAUGGUUGAUGAUAUUCCUCCCGAACAGCAUGCCCUCGUCCCUUCUUUCAUGGGUGGCGGAGGGAAAAGGAUCCAUCCGCUUCCCUUUUCAGACCCUGCUCUUCCAGUGCAACCUAGAUCAAUGGACCCCUCCAAGGAUCUUGCAGCUUAUGGAUAUGGAAGUGUGGCAUGGAAAGAACGAAUGGAGAAUUGGAAGCAGAAGCAAGAGAAAAUGCACAUGACUAGGAAUGAUGGUGGUGGUAGAGAUUGGGAUAAUGAUGGUGAUGAAUCCGAUUUACCAUUAAUGGAUGAAGCACGACAACCAUUGUCAAGAAAGCUGCCAAUAUCUUCCAGCCAAAUAAACCCAUACAGAAUGAUCAUCAUAAUUCGUCUGGUAGUUGUUGGAUUUUUCUUCCAUUAUCGGAUCAUGAACCCUGCAGUUGAUGCGUAUCCAUUGUGGCUCAUAUCCGUCAUUUGCGAAAUCUGGUUUGCUAUGUCAUGGAUUCUGGAUCAGUUUCCCAAGUGGCUUCCAAUUGAAAGGGAAACUUAUCUCGACAGAUUGUCAUUAAGAUAUGAAAAAGAAGGGCAGCCUUCUCAACUAUCUCCGAUAGACAUAUUCGUGAGUACAGUUGAUCCUAUGAAGGAACCACCUUUGAUCACUGCAAACACUGUCCUCUCAAUUCUUGCUGUGGAUUACCCUGUUGAAAAAGUUUCUUGCUAUGUUUCUGAUGAUGGUGCUGCGAUGUUAACGUUUGAAGCAUUAUCAGAAACAUCUGAAUUUGCAAAGAAAUGGGUUCCUUUUUGUAAGAAAUUCAAUGUUGAGCCCCGUGCACCAGAAUGGUAUUUUCAGCAAAAGAUGGACUAUUUAAAGGAUAAGGUCCAUCCUUCAUUUGUUAAAGAAAGGAGAGCAAUGAAGAGAGAAUAUGAGGAAUUCAAGGUACGAAUAAAUGCAUUAGUUUCAAAAGCACAAAAGGUACCAGAAGAAGGAUGGACCAUGCAAGAUGGAACACUCUGGCCUGGAAACAAUGUCCGUGAUCAUCCAGGGAUGAUUCAGGUCUUUUUGGGGCAAAGUGGUGGGCAUGAUGUGGAAGGAAAUGAACUGCCACGCUUGGUUUAUGUCUCUAGAGAAAAGAGGCCAGGUUUCAACCAUCACAAAAAGGCUGGUGCUAUGAAUGCUUUGGUUCGAGUCUCUGCUGUACUUACAAAUGCACCUUACUUGUUGAAUGUGGAUUGUGACCACUACUUCAACAAUUGCAAGGCUAUACGAGAGGCAAUGUGCUUCAUGAUGGAUCCACUUGUAGGAAAGAAAGUGUGCUAUGUGCAGUUCCCGCAGAGGUUCGACGGUAUUGAUCGACAUGAUCGCUAUGCUAAUCGAAACAUUGUGUUUUUUGAUAUCAAUAUGAAAGGUUUGGAUGGAAUUCAAGGACCCAUUUAUGUGGGCACUGGAUGUGCUUUCAGAAGACAGUCGCUCUAUGGAUAUAGUGCUCCGAAGUCAAAGAAGCCACCAACUAGGACUUGCAAUUGUUGGCCUAAGUGGUGCUGUUGUGCGUGCUGUUGUUCUGGCACGAGGAAGAAGAAAACAGCAAAAGCUAAGCAGGAAAAGAAAAAGAAUAGUUCCAAGAGAGGUGAUAAUGAAGCACCAGAAUUUGCACUGGAGUCCAUUGAAGAAGGAAAGCAAGGAAACGGGAGUGAAAAACCACAUCUGAUGUCUGAAGAGAAGUUAGAAAAGAGAUUUGGACAGUCUCCUGUUUUUGUUGCGUCUACUCUCCUUGAGAAUGGUGGAACACCAAAAGGUGCUACUCCAGCAUCUCUUUUAAAGGAAGCUAUCCAUGUUAUUAGCUGUGGCUAUGAAGACAAGACAGAAUGGGGAAAAGAGAUUGGAUGGAUCUAUGGUUCAGUCACAGAAGAUAUAUUGACAGGAUUCAAAAUGCAUUGCCACGGGUGGAGAUCCAUAUAUUGUGUACCGACAAGGCCUGCAUUCAAAGGUUCUGCACCUCUCAAUCUCUCAGAUCGUCUUCACCAGGUUCUUAGGUGGGCUCUUGGGUCCGUGGAAAUUUUCUUGAGCAAACACUGCCCUCUCUGGUAUGGAUAUGGAAGUGGGCUGAAAUGGUUGGAACGGAUGUCAUACAUUAAUGCCACUGUUUAUCCUUGGACAUCAAUUCCUCUUUUGGCCUACUGCACGUUGCCUGCCGUUUGCUUGCUCACUGGAAAAUUUAUUACCCCAGAGCUUAGCAAUGUAGCAAGUCUUUGGUUCCUGUCGCUUUUCAUCUGUAUCUUUGCCACGAGCAUUCUGGAAAUGAGAUGGAGUGGUGUCGGCAUUGAUGACUGGUGGAGAAAUGAACAGUUUUGGGUUAUUGGAGGUGUUUCCUCGCAUCUGUUUGCUGUGUUUCAGGGGCUUUUAAAGGUCCUUGCAGGUAUAGACACCAACUUCACUGUGACGACGAAGGCUGGUGACGAUGAAGAGUUCUCCGAGUUGUACACAUUCAAAUGGACCACGCUGCUCAUCCCUCCUACAACUUUGCUUAUUGUGAACUUCAUUGGUGUGGUAGCUGGUGUCUCUAACGCAAUAAACAACGGAUAUGAAUCAUGGGGACCUCUGUUCGGGAAGCUCUUUUUCUCCUUCUGGGUGAUCGUCCACCUGUAUCCUUUCCUCAAAGGUCUUGUUGGUCGACAGAACCGGACACCUACAAUUGUCAUUGUGUGGUCCAUCCUCCUCGCAUCAAUUUUCUCUCUGCUGUGGGUGCGGAUUGAUCCGUUCUUGGCAAAGUCAGAUGGGCCGCUCUUGGAGGAGUGUGGGUUGGACUGCAACUAAGCACCAGAUCGGUCAGUAUUCAAAAUCCAGCUUAUUUGUUGUCAUUGGCAGGCACAGGUAGUAACAGGACCUUUUUAAGUCUUCCACGGGUACAUGGAUCCUGCUUUCUCGAUUGUAGAUAGAAGGUGUGCUACAAUUUUUUUCUCCCUAAUAUCCUCUACUCCGUCUACCAAAACUUCCGAUCAUGGAAUCGGUAGGUUGGUAUAGCCAUGUGUAGUAUGUUUGCGCAAGAUAAGCAGAUGCAACUCUGGUUUUUUAUUAGUUUUUGUGGGUAGACGUUGUUCGUGUAUUGUUGCAGUCAUGUAUAUUGAUUCAUCUCAAUAAGGCAGGCCCGGCCUGACCCACGAACAUAAAGAAGGUUCAUCAAAUACUUUUUAGUCGAUUC